GGAGCGUAGAAUAUUUUGCGACAGUUGUGAGUGCUUUCUGGCAGAUGUUAGUUACAAAAAGGUGCGCGUUUUCGUCGAGGAAGCUGACUGGACUGGCGCAGUUAUGUGACAAAGAUGUGACAAACGAAAGCUUCAGGAAAGUAUGAGAGAGGAGGGAGAUCAAAGUAUGGUGAGAGACCUCUCGAGGUUGGAUGAUGGAAGGACUGGGAAAGGAGAGAUCCGUAUGCAACCCGAAAACCUCUCCAUGGAUGGGGCAUCCUAAAACAGAAUCCUUAAUUCUUCUAUGGAAACUAAAAGACUGCAUCACCACUGAUGACACACCUGUCCCUCCUAAGACAGAUAAAAGGGAUAACAUGGACAGCAGAAAAACAGCAAUGGAAUUGAAGGAUGUCCCCCAACCCCCUCUGCACCAUGCUUCAUCCUACCAACCAUCCCAGGUCUUUCCUGUGCCCAGUCUCCCUUUGCUUCCUCCUCAGCCUGCACAAGAUCACCAUCGACAGCAGCCUCCGCUGCAGAACCGGCAACAAGAGGGGCCUAGCCCCAAAGUAAGCGUAUGUGCCCAGUGUGAUUACUGCAUCACCAAGGGCUAUGGAUUAUCAGAUGGUGGAAAUGUUGGUAGUAGCAUAGCUGGUGUUGUCCCACACCAUGGCAUUCCUGACUCAUUGGAAAAGCCCACCUACAGCAGCAGUAGCACUAGUAGGUCUGGGCCUUGCUCUGUAACCUCAACUGUUCUUCAGUACAAACACACGCUGAGUUGUGAACCUAAAGAUGAUGCUUUUGAUCCGCAGCCCAGUUGUGGCUACAAACCCGAGAGGCUCUCUUCUAUCACCACUUCCCAACCUAUCUCGGCACAGCCCCACACUCCUUGUUGCUCCAGGCUCCUUAAAACCUACCCUAAAUCUCUUCCAAACAACCAAGUCUCUUUCCCUUCUCACCCCCUUUUGGCUUCUUCACUCCCACCAAUUUCUGAUCUUCAAGCUUCCUUGCAUGACUCUUGCGUGGCCUCUUCUGGUUGUUACAUCUGUGGUAUGGACUGCAGUUCCGUUAUCAAAAGAACCCAGACAAGUGCAACACUCUGUGAUCAACCUGCUACUGCCACCAUCGAUACCUUAUCCACAUCAGCACAUCUCCACUCUAAUCCUAUGCACCUAAAUGUCGAGAGAGUGGUUUGUGUGAAGGGGGCGCACUGUUGUCAGGAUUGCUUGUUGAAGCCCCUCAAUGGCUUUGUGUCCAAGUCAGAAAAGGUUUGGCCCAAUAUUCCUGUUCCCCAAACAACUCCAAUCUCUAUCCCCAUUUGUAACGGAUGCGCCACCUCGUCUGAUAGUGCGGUGCUCAGCCAAGGGAAGGCUGGCCAAAAGUAUGGUUCACCAGAAAGUGCUGGUACAGAGAACACCCCCCCUGUGGGAGUGUUUUGGGACAUUGAGAAUUGCAGUGUGCCUAGUGGACGAUCUGCUGGGGUCGUGGUGGAGCGUAUACGCAGCCGUUUUUUUCAGGGCCACCGUGAGGCAGAGUUCAUCUGUGUCUGUGAUAUCAGUAAGGAAAGUAAAGCAGUUAUCCAAGAGCUCAAUAACUGUCAGGUUACUGUGGCACACAUCAAUGCCACGGCCAAGAAUGCUGCAGAUGAUAAACUCCGCCAGAGUUUAAGGCGCUUUGCCGAGACCCACGCUGCACCCGCAACUGUUGUCUUAGUAUCUUCUGAUGUAAACUUUGCAAGUGAGUUGAGUGAUCUGCGUCACCGCCAUGGUUUCCAGAUAAUCCUGGUCCAUGGUAACCAUACAUCUCAAGCCCUGCUGCAGCAUGCCCACCGUCAUGUAGCUUUUCAAGAGAUUACAGCUGACCUCCCUCCACGCAUGUUCGUCAAAACCCAGCCCAGUUACAACCUGCUCUAUGUCCACAACCUUCCUGUCAACUGUGACAAGAGCCUGUGGAAUGCUGUUAAGCUCAGGCUUCGCCGCCUCUCAGACAACUGUGGUGGUAAGGUGCUGGGCAUGUCCCAGGGCACAGCUGUCCUCCGUUUUGGCAGCCCAGAGGCAGCAUCACGUGCCUGCAAGCGAAUGGAAAAUGAAGACGUAUUUGGCCAUCGAAUCAGCGUCUCUGUGUCCCCGAGGCCCAGAGAUUGUGCAAAUCUUGAGCGUGAGCUUCAGUCUCAACUGCAUCACGUUCCCCUACCUCAGACUUUGCCUUUGCCUUAUCAAAGUCAGGACACAAUACUUACCACAGCUCUCGUGUCGUCCUCCUCCUUUCUGCCCCUGGAAAAGCCAAAGUCGCCCAGGAGGGCACGGCGAGCAACCCGCCCAUGCUUCACACCUGGCACAGUGCCUGAAAGGCCGUACAGCCCCAAGAGAGGGUGCUCUGGGCCUCCAGGUGGCGUGCCUACGAAACCCCAUCAGGAGUUGGAUAAUUCAGAGAGCAAACCUAAGAUGGGUUUCAACCACCUAGAUAAAGUGCGUCCAGCUUCCUCUUCUCCCCAUAGUAAUGGUGAGAUUGGAUUCCUGCAGCAGAUGUCCAAACCUAGUUUCACUGGAGAAUCCUUAAACCAGAGAAGGGAUGGCUUCAGUCUUAGUGGGACUGAGUCUCCUGUUGAAGGGGAGGGACACUCACCGGAGUUUCAGAUCAGCACACCCUCUGCUUUCAGCAAACUGAACCUCCAUAGAAGCUUCAGCCCUUUUGUCCUACCCCAGGGUUCUUGGUCUUCCAGGACUGCAUCGCCCUCCCUUUCUAGCCGCUCUUCUCCUAUAUUUGGUGCCCCUCAAAGCCCUUUCCCUGAGUGUCCACCUGAGCCAUUUUCAGAUGGAGCUAAAAUCCAGGUGGCUAACCUUGAUUACAGAAUGUCCCGCAAAGAAUUAAAACAGAUGCUAAGUGACACCUUCUUCCGAUAUGGGCGGGUGAAAGAAGUGGAGCUUAGUCCCCACACGGACUACAGGCUUAAAGCUACAAUCCAGAUGCUGUCCUUACAGCAGGCUAUCAGUGCUGUGAGCGGACUUCACCGUUACAAAAUUGGAGGGAAGCGCAUCCAGGUCUCUCUGAUCACAGGUGGCCACAACAAAUCCAUGGCAAGGCUCAGCUCAGAGAUCAGCAGCAUUCUUCAGGAUGCGCCUGCCAAUUGCCUUCCUCUCUUUAAGCUCACUGAGAUCUAUGAGAAGAAAUACCAUCGUAAGCUUUUGAUGAGCGACCUCUACAGGCUGCCUGAUGUAGUGGCUGUACGGGAGCAGGGCGGCACAAGGCUGGUGUGCCUUCUGUCCAGCAGCCAAAUCCGUCAGAGUCCACUGGGAUCUUCUCAGUCACAGGAGAGCUCCUCCACAGCCAGCAGCAGCCCUGUAGUGUUUGAGGAGCUGGAGUAUCAUGAACCUGUCUGUAAACAACACUAUAAACAGCACAACUUCAGUGAGGCAGAUUUUGACCCAGACUCGUACACAAUUCCUUUUGUUGUCAUGUCUCUAAGCACUUUGGCUUCUGAGGUUCACGCACUGCUUCAGUCACACAGUGGAACAAUUCCUCUCCUCAGUUUUUCAGACUGCUACGAAGCCAAGUUCAGUCCGCUGCAACUGGGCAAUGACACUCUCGAAAAUGGUGUUCCUCUGGAGCACCUCAUCACGUGUGUCCCCAGUAUAACUAUUGUCAAAGCUCAUAAUGGUUUCAAAGUCAUCAAGUGGAUUCACAACAAACCACCAGCACCAAACGUUGAGCCGUGGCUCCAAAGAUGUAAGAGUCCAGUUGGUAACCCUCAACUCGUUCAGUUCAGCAGAGAAGUUAUUGACCUCUUAAAGAGUCAACCAUCUUGCAUCAUGCCGAUCAGCAAAUUUAUACCCUCUUACCAUCAUCAUUUUGCCAAGCAGUGCCGUGUCUCUGAUUAUGGCUACUCAAAGCUGAUUGAGCUGCUGGAAGCAGUGCCACAUGUCCUGCAGAUCCUGGGCAUGGGUACAAAACGACUGCUGACCCUCACUCAUCGUGCCCAAGUGAAGCGUUUCACUCAAGACCUGUUAAAACUUCUCAAAUUUCAAGCCAGUAAGCAAGUGGCUAUCAAGGACUUCAUGCAAGCAUAUCACUGGUGCUUUUCCAGAGACUGGAACGUAACAGACUAUGGCAUAUGCAACCUCAUUGACUUGCUGUCUGAGAUCCCUGAUACCACCAUUACCACCACACAGCACGACACUGACACGGUCAUCUCUGUUCCCAAGAGAGAACGUACUGGGGAUGAAAUGGAGCACACAAAGCAGUUUGGAAAGGAGGUCAUCGACCUCCUACGUCACCAACCUCAUUGCCAAAUGCCCUUCAGCAAGUUCAUCCCAACCUACCACCACCACUUUGGACGUCAGUGUAAACUCAGCUACUAUGGCUUCACUAAGCUCAUCGAGCUCUUUGAGGCCAUCCCUGAAGUACUAAUAGUGUUGGAGUGUGGGGAGGAGAAGAUACUAACCCUAACAGAAGUGGAGCGCAUCAAGGCUCUGGCAGCUCAAUUGGUUAAGCUUCUUCGGGCUCAAAAAAACUCGAGCCUUCCUGUGAACCUGCUGCUCACAGAGUACAGCAAAACCUUUGGUUAUGGUCUCCGACUGCAGGACUAUGACACCAGCUCCCUGCCUGCAUUGCUCGGCAAACUCUGCCAUGUUGUUAAGCUGGUGGAUGCUACAGAAGGACGUGAAGUUCAGCUCAUCAACAGGAAGUCUCUGCGUUUGCUGACGUCACAACUUUUGGCACUGCUUAUGUCUCAAGAGAAUGUUGACGAGGGUCUUAGGGUGGAUGUGCUGAGCCAGCAUUACCAGACGGUCCACAAAACCCUGCUCAACCCUUGUGAAUAUGGAUUUCUCUCACUCAGUGAGCUACUCAAGAGUAUGCCCUACCUUGUGGAGCUUUACUGUGAAGGUGGUAACAGAGAUAUUCAAGCUGGCAGCUUUGCAAGCAGUCCAGGUGAUGAAUGGGUGAGGCUGACGAGGCUUUACCAGUUUGCCCGUAAUGUACGUGCCCUGCUCCACACCUACCAUUACAACCAGAUCUUCCUUUCGGAGUUCCAAGGAGCUUAUAAGAAGUUCACUGGCUCUAGCCUGGAGUCACACACCUAUGGAUACACCAGCACAGAUGAGCUGCUUAACGCCAUUCCACAGGUGGUCUGGAUUAAAGGGCACGGUCACAAGAGGAUUAUCGUUUUGAAGAACGAUAUGAAAGAGAGGCUGAGCGUUUCAGUCCCCAGCAACCCUCAGUCAGGAGGUAGCUUGGAGACCCCCAGAGACAGCCCAACACAUUCUGAACCCCAGAGUCCAAGUGCCACUAUGGUACCAGAGUCUGAGCUGCUGUGUCUGACGUCCCCAGUCGACCUUCUCUGUGGCCCGGUACCAUCUUGUCUCCCGUCACCUGAGCUCCAUCCUGACCCUGUCCUAAUGCGGCAGGCGGAUCUGAUUCAUUUUGAGGAGAAAGUGCUGCCAGUGCACCACACAUCAGAGAGUGAAGAAUUCAAUGCAGUAGCAGUUACCAGAGAUGAUGAGCCCGCUCCACCCAUGGAGACCACUAAGACACUUUUGUCCAUGGACAGUUCCAGCAGAAAAGGCCCCCGCAGUAGAAUCAAGCUAGCUGCCAACUUUUCAUUUAAAUCAGGUCUCUGAAGCAACACAAACAUGCACAUUCAGCCAUACUAGUUGACCCAUAGUGUAACUCUGAGUAGAAGAGUUAAUUACCUUUUUAUUAAUCACACUGCAGAGUAACCACUGGAAGGGCAUUUGGGAUUGCUUCUUCUGUCAUUGCUUUAUCAUAGUGUGCUUUUCUCUUUAUCACAAUCUUUUUAGUCUUUUCUUUCACAAUCAAUGUUUCAUUCGGUGGUUCUCAUGGAGCUUUGAUCUUUUUACCUUUUGCAGAUUUUCUGAAAUGUGCAAACGUAAAACCCACUUACGGUUACAAGUGCACACCGGAAUCCAAAUUCGAGUUAGAUGCCACUGCAAGACAUUACACAAACCAUUUGGAGAGAUGCUCAAGAUGCACGCUUGUUUUAGGAUGUCAAAUCAAACUUAUUGUCACAUCUUAGCCUAACCAAAUGACAGUUUUCGGGAUGUUGUUCAUGUGUACUUGUGUAUAUUGGGGAAAAAAAAAUCUCAAGUAUCUCGUAUCAGAAGACAAUUUCAAUUGAUCGUUUUAGAAUGUUGUAGGUAGUGCCAGAAAUGCUCAAGUCCUUGUUUGCUCCUUUUGUCUCAGACACAUCCUAACAGGUUACCUUUUUGAGAUCAUCAAGAAGUCACUUGUUCCUUAAGUCCGUGCGAAUUUGGUUACCUGCUUGAAACCGAAGGGCCACCCCCCCAAGGCAGGGUGUGCAUACUUGGACAAGCUUUUGAAUCUGCAGCCAGCAUCUUUGUGUUCUUGUAACUGUGUUUGGUACGCCACAGUAGGGAGUUUAACAUCUGACAUAUGCACAUUGUGCAUAUGAGUUGAUGCAUGGUGUGAGCCCAGCAGGAGAUGGAAAUGGAUGAUUGAUGGGGGGGACAAAACUUCUUUGCAAUAUUUUUUUUUUUUUUUUUCGUUUCCGCCUUGUUGUAGGAUUCUUAGAAGCUGAGCCACCAUUGCCGUCACUACUGAAGUAUUCAAGGUUUUUUGUCUUUUAUUUUUCUCUCCACCUUGUUGCUAGUAUCUGCAGUGGACUCCUGUCUGAGUUAAUGACUCAAGGGGUGCACUCUGUAGUUUUUGACGUUUAAUGGGAAGAUUCGCAGUUAUGAAUUUUUGGGACAAGACGUUUUGUGGGAGACAGUGGCCUUGUUCGUGGAGCAGCACAGGGACUGUGUGAAGCAUCCACAAGAGAAUCCUCUGUGACUCUCUGGAUUUUGCCUGGCUUUUACAAUGGCUUGUAUUUGCCACGGUAACGUACCUCCCUGGCCAUAACGUUUUUACGUCCAGAAGAUGUGUUAAUUUCUUCCUUUUUGCAGUCAAUUUUUUCUGGCUCUGCUGGCUGCUUGGUUGCUAUCCGUCUCUGCGGGUUUACUGAUGAUCAUGACACAAGCUCCACAGAUGUGACAAGUGGCAGUUUUUGUUGAGAAAAACUUUAGUAGAAUGGAUAAGAGGCCAUUCGUUCAGUGACCAUUCGCUACGUUAACAUGUUCAGUCCAUCGUGACGUGAUUCGCUUUUGAGUUUUUCCUUGAAAGCCCUGGGUCCAACUAUUGCCGACUCCCCUAAAUUAUUUUAAUUAUGGUUGCUGCAGCGUAGGUCUCUGCUCUUUUCAGACCCGAUUGAAUACUAUUUGAUCAAGAAUGUGCAGCUCAAUGAUUUAAGGAUUUCAGUUUGAUAAUAAUGGCUUUAAUUCCCCCGAGAAACAUCUAUUUUUAAGCUUUUUGAGUAAAUCUUAAGCUUCCUCUGCAGUGACGUCUAACUCCAAAUGGACACAUUAGCUUCUUUAGCUUCUCCUUUGUGCAGGUUUCAUCUGUAAAGAGCUCUUAUAAUAUGCACAUCUGCAUAGUUUUUGUUCAGGAAAUGUGCAUUUAUUUGUAGUAAGACUUUUUUUGAAGAAAGAAAUGAAUGCAUUCUUAGCCUGCUUGUACUAACUCUUUGUCUUGCCUGUUUGAUUGUUCAUUUGUACAACAGUUGUUUUGUGUUCAAGGACUGGAAAGAAAGUUUUAAUUCAAAACUUAUUUAAAACUGCUUCCUUGUAAUCAGCUUUUACUUGCCCACAACCCCUCACCCUUUCCAUCUAUUGCAGUCCUAAAACCUCACAACAAUUUCUUGCUAUCAAACAUUGUUUAAGGGACCAAUACAGUUCUGUUAAUAAAUGUCACUAAGCAUAUCACUUA